CAAGUGUCCAAUCCGAAUCCAGUUAGACUGAAAAUACUUUUGAAAAUAAAAAUGAAUAUCUAAUUUAAAUGUAAGGGAAAUAUGUCGAAGGAAGCACGCUAUGGUUUAUUAUACAGCGAAUAUGAAUACGAAUCAUACGUACGCAUUAAAUCGGAAAAAUGUUGUGUCAUCGUAGCUUGUUUUCCCAUAUUAGCUAUGACUUUCUGUAUAGUGUAUUCCGUCCUGUUUAAUUUCGACGAAGCAGUUUAUACACAUUGCGAUGUUUAUAAUUUGCUGCCUUCGAUUUCAGCAGCGAUAGGUAGCUUCUCCCCGCAAAGGGAAGUUUGGCAAGGAGCCGUAACCAUACAGGCAAUCCCGAGAUUCCUAUAUGCUGUUCAAUAUUUGAAUUUCCAUAACAAAUUGCUGCCUUCUCAGGAUUUUUGGAUCGCCCAGAUGGCGUUCUUUUUAAGUAUCGUGGAAAAUAUUGCUCUCAUUAUUUUGUCGUUCUUCGUAUCCUCCCAAUAUUACUCUGUUCAUAAGAAAGCUUUCGUAACGUUCAUACUCUCCUCCGAAGUGUAUAUGAUCCUUACCUGCAUUUUGCAAAGCCGAUUUAAAAAGCCGUUUAGGAUCAGUUUGAAAUGGAAAAAGAGAUUCCUUGUAACGAACAUGAUUUUUAUUGUCGUUGCUUCCUACUUUUUCAUGAGGCACAAUUCGUUUUGUGAACCGUACGUGUACAGUCUGUUCGCAUUCGCUGAAUACAUAGUAGUGUUCUCUAAUAUGGCUUUCCACAUGACUGCCUUCUUCGACUUUCAAAACAAAGAUUUUGUGAUCUACAAAAACGGGCUCGCGCUUACAGACAGAUAAUAUUUAGUCAUAUAGCUAGUCAUAUAAUUUUUAGUUAAUUUAUUUGCAUUGUUACAUUUUUUUGAAACAGUAUUAGUAUCUCGUGCUUUGUGUAAAAAAGUCCAAUUGAAUGAAAAUUUGUAUCGGGUCGUGCUUGACAAAUUUUGCAUUGUAAAUAUUCUGAAGCAAUCAAAAAUAAAUUUGUUAUUAUCUACUAAUGGUUGUUGAUGGUUAAUUAAUUUUUUGAUUGCUUAAUUUGUAUGAGAUACUCUGUUUGUGUUGUUAAAAAGUGAUUUAUUUAGGGCGUUAUAAUGAAACAAGAGGUAAUGUGGGGUUAACUAAAAGUAAGAUUAGAAUGUAAUUAUUAUCAUCAAUUGGGAAAAUACAUUCUAAUAUUUCUAUUAGUUUAUACCUUAUGUUUUAUUAAUGGGGCCCAUUUAUGUUACAUUAAUCUGCAAAAUGUACCUACAUUAAUAGGUAUGCACUCCAAAAAGGUCUUGAUUUUCUGUUAUUAUUGAAAGAAACAUUGAAUUAUACUUCAACAUUUUUUCAAUGUGUUUGUUAUUAUGUUGCUUUUAGGAAUAAAAUAAUUGUAUUGGAAUGUAUAGGUAUUAACUUUUUUUUAUUCAAAAGAAGUUAAAUAUGGUAUUAAAAUGUGAUUUUUAUACGAAUUUUUAUUAAAAUUGUAACUAGGUAUUUAAGAAAUACGCCUGAAAAUGACUUAACAUUAGCUUUUGUAAGUAUUUUGUUAAAAAACGAGUGAAACAAGCUAUCAAAUUAUUGUCUUAUUUGAUGUCUAGUUUUUAUUUAUAAGAAGACAGUUGGUAAUAAUUUACCUGAGUUAUUUCACAUUCUUAUUAUGUAUUUCAUAUUUGAUAAUAAUUUUUGAUAGCUUGGAAUGUAAUCGAAGGAGCAAUUUGUACUUAUAGACAAGUAUCAGAAUUGUCUAUAGCUCAAAAAUUGUAUUUGAACUCUGUAACUAAUUUGAAAAGCUCAACAUUCAGUUACUUUUUGCUCUUAAAGCAUUUUAUAAACGUCGAGGCUAAUUAUUUUUGAGUAUAUAUUUAUUGACUCUAAACAAAAAGAGAAUAUUUGAGACUGGUUGGAUACAUAAAUAAUAUGUAGGGAAAUCUAAGCAUUUACAAUUUUUGUAACUAAUCGUAUUUUUUUGUAGGAAUAUUGUUUAAGUGAACUCCACUUAAUUUUAUAUCCUAAUAAUUCAUAAUUUUAUUCAAUGGUUUUUAUUACAGACAUAAUUCGCUUUAGGUAUUUCAUUAUACAGGUAUAUAUGUAUAGAGGUAGAUGCAAAAUUGUUUGCUUAAUGGUUACAACAAAGACAACUUCCAUUAAUCUCAUAUAAACGAAAAAGAAAGAGCGAUAUUGUGGUAUUGCAACUUUCUCACUCUAACCA